AUGUCGGAUUCCGCUUCUGGUUCUACCGUAAACAUUAAAACGGAAAUUGUUCGUCUCGUUGAGAUUCAAGGAGAGAAGGCUGAAUUACUUUCCUACUUCACUAAGCAUAAAGAUCAGCAAGAUGAUGCGUUGUCAGAUCUUAAUUGUUUUGAUACGAAUGAAAAUAAACUUGCUUAUCUUAGAACUUUCUUGAAGCCUGUCCUGAAAGGAACUGCUGAUUCUGUAUAUUUAUUCAUAGACAAUUCGAACGUAUAUAUCCAAGGAAAGAAAGAGACAGCCAGGCGUGAAGCUGUAGAUGAACAUCUGGUUCAAAUCGAUUAUGGUAAAUUAGUUGAAACGGCUCAAGAUGGUCGACAUAUGGGUGCUGUUCCUGUUGUUGUGGGAUCGAUUCCUCCUCCUGAAGAUACAAUAUGGGCAAAGCUUAGGAAUCUCGGAUAUAGUGUAACCGUAUUUGAGCGAAAUUUUUUAAAUAGAGAAAAAGAGGUCGAUUCGGAAGUCUCUUUACGUAUUAGUGACACAAUCCACGAUUAUAUGCCCGGUACGGUGAUAUUAAUCGCCGGAGAUGGUGACUACGGUCCGAUAUUUAGACGAGUGCUUGACAAAAAUUGGACAAUUGAGAUCUGGUUUUGGACCGAUGGAAUGGAUUUCGAUUAUCCUGAAUACAGAACAGCAAUUUCUACACGAACCACCAUUAUAAAUCUGGACGAUUUUUACAAGAAAUUCAUGUAUGCUUGUGGAUAUAAUGGAAUUUCGGAAACAAAGUGGCUUCAAAUUUUUACAGACCUAGUUGAGAAUAGUGACAUAAUGAAAUGUUACGUAGAAUUAGACUUGUUCGGUUGGUGGUACAGACCAAAGUCGGACUCUUUGAAAUUGUAUGUUAGAAAUUAUUCUCAAUGGGAACAACUGAAAAAUUUGAUAACGCGCAAAUAUCCUAAUGCUAGAGAAUUAAACAAUGAAGUAUUUUUUCUUGAAAGCAAUACUUUCUUCAAAAUGUAUUAUCACCUUAAACGUAAGGUUAAUUCCGUCUGUCCGAAGUAUUCGGAUUAG